UGGGACAAACAGUCCAUGAGCAGGGCACGUUUCGAACUUCAACUCACUGCCAUGGCAUAUAAUUCCGAUUUUACCUGGGCUGAAGAGGAUGGACCUAAUUUUUAUCCACCAUGUCUCGAAAGCCACAGGGCACCAGAGGAUGGAAGGCAAUAUGUCAUGUACCAUGGAACCAGUGCUAAAAAUGCAAGAUUAAUCUUAAAAAAUGGCUUCUGUCAAUCCAACGAUGGCAUGUUCGGUCCUGGAGUAUAUGUUAGUAGGGACCUCAGGAAAGCCAGUGCAUAUCCAAAGACAAUGCCCAUAAGUCAAAGAGUUGUGCUUAAGUUGCUAGUCAAUGUGGGAAAGGUAAAAAAAAUACAUUACCAGGGGCAUCCACUCCAGAAAACAUGGCAUCAGCAUGGCUAUGACACUGCUUGGUGUCCUCCGGGCUGUGGGAUGGUGCAAAGUGGUCUGGAGGAGGAUUGUAUCUGGGAUCCCAGAAGAAUAAAAGUUAUUGAUCAAAUUCAUCCUUCUUAUGGCCAAGACCAAUGGGAGUUCUUUGAAUACUCCUGAACAAUGGAGUAGCGUUAAGAAGGAUGGGAUGAUAGUAAGCUUGGGGAUGAUGAGGAUCGUGGGAUCUCUACAAAUCACAAUCCAUCUUAGCGUAAGAGGGGGAAGAAGCUUCUAUUUUUUUAAUGGCAUUCAUGUAUGCGUCAGAGGGUAACAUAAAUUGAUUACGUUGGUUAGGUAAUUAUGUAUGCAUCAGUGUGUAAACGAAAUGGAUUAAAUCCUUGGUAACUCUGCUUUUUAAAUCAGCCAAUCCGCUGCAUUUACAUGUGAAAAAUGGCUUUUUAGUGACAAUUUAAGAGUCUGCUGAAAUCUGGAAAACAGGUCAUUAGAUCAUGAGUAUUAUCCGGAGUGGAUUCAAACAAAUCUAGCAAAUAAUUGUAUCUACAGAGUCUCAUGGAAAGAUCAGGUGUACAAAAUCUUAUACUGCUCUUUGAAAUAAAACUCUUGAAGCAAUCUCUUUAUAUUGAUAACUCUGUAUAGCAACAACUUUCGGUGAACUGGAAAACCAUUAAUCUCUGUACUCUGUGUUUUACAUUAAAUGAAUAAAACGGUUGGCCAAUUUUCAGCUUUGUUCUGUUAUAUUUAAGGGAUAAACUGGCUUCAGAGAAGCAAAUGUAUCACUAUUUU